GCCAUGCACGAUCUGCUCUUCCACAGAUUCCACCUGUCUCAGUACGAUCACUUUGAGUUCCCGGGCGUGGUGCCUCGAACGUUCCUCGGAUCCUUGCUAGUGGCAGGGCUAUCAUCCCCCCUAGUGGCUAUCACUCACCUGUUUGGUGCUUCUAAAAUCACAGCACUCGUUAUUGUGCGCGGCACUCUUGGGUUCCUUGUCUUCCUCUCCUUCUACAUGCUUCGACGGCAGAUCGCCACUACCUUCGGCACCCCAACGGCGAGAUACUUUGCCCUGCUGCUCCUAUCCCAGUUCCACCUGCCCUUCUACGCCUCUCGCCCCCUCCCCAACGUCUUUGCUCUUGCCCUCGCCAACCUGGCAUUCACUUACUGGAUUAAGGGCAAGGCCGCACAAGCUUUGCAGACACUGGUCUUUGCAUUUGUUGUCUUCCGAUGUGAUGUGCUCAUACUCCUUGCCCCUAUCGGCCUCUCCUUACUGCUCACUCGGUCAAUCGGCUUUUUCUUUGCAGUGCUCACAUGUGUCCUGACCGGCAUAGCUAGUCUGAUGCUCACGAUAUCAGUGGACUCUGUCUUGUGGCGGCGCUUCCCCCUCUGGCCGGAAGGCACGGUGCUUUUUUUCAACACCGCUCUCAACAAGAGCUCCGAGUGGGGGGUGUCCAGCCCACACUGGUACUUCACGUCAGCUCUUCCCCGAGCCCUGCUUCUCGCCUACCCACUCUCCUUUCUGGGUCCAAUUCUCGACCGUCGCAUGCUGCGCUUCUUCCUGCCAGCACUCACCUUCGUGGGCCUCUACUCCUUCCUCCCUCACAAGGCAAGGCAAAAUGCAGGUUUUGAGACCUCUCAAAACUUAAUCACCCUGCACCGCAUCCAACUCAUGCCUCGUCAUUCCAUCUUCCUCAUUCUGUCGUUCUUUCCUUGGUCUUUCGUGAGAGUGGAAUGGUGGAAUAAAGAGCCCCAUAUCCGUCCUCGCCUUUGCUUCCUCACCCCACCACUCAACGCCCCCUCGCACCGCUCUUUCUCUCAGGAGCUCCGGUUUCUCUUCCCGGGCUUGCCGCUCUUCCUCCUCUCUGCUGCCCGUGCUCUAGUGAGACUGCAGGUGCUAUUGCGAGCCACAGCUGGCAGCAGCGGCAUCAGCAGGACCCUUGGCAGAGUCGCACGUCCGCUAGCACUGCUUGCUCUGGCUGUCAGCUAUCUCCUCUCCUCCCUCUUCGCCCUCGCAUCCUACCGAAACUAUCCUGGCGGCGCUGCUGCAAUUCUGCUCCAACAAAAAGUGGGCCACGAGCCAGGUUCAGUGCAUGUGGACGUGCUUCCAGCCAUGACCGGAUUCUCCCGAUUCACCCAACUGCCAGCGCCCUGGAGCUACUCCAAGCAGGAGGGCCUCACUCUCUCCCAGCUCUCCCAAUCCAACUUCUCAUACCUUCUCAGCGCCCAUCCCUCGGUCCCAUCCUAUGAGCCUGUGGCCAACGCCAGUGGCUUUGUGCGCAUGCGCAUCAGCACUAGCACACUCUUCCGCAUGCCUCCGCUUCGCUACCCUUUCCCAGUCUUGGAAACUGAACCCAGAGUGUUCAUUCACAGAAAAGAGACUGUUAAUGGAUUGGUAGAUAGCAGGCUGGAUAUAGCACCCACAGGGAGUGGCACCGCUACAGAAGACGAUGAUUUCUCCAGUGUGGGGAGGCGAGCGAGUGGGAACGGUGGGGGUGGGGAGGGCCGAGCACAGGGUGAGGAGGAUGAGCAAGAGGAUGAUGCGGAGGGGGAGAGAGGGCUGGUGCAGGACGAUGAGCUGUGA